UUCCCGAUCACUGAACUCGACAUGACACCUUAUGUUCAUUCUGACUGCCAGUCGGAAGUUAAAACAUACGACCUUAUGGCAACUAUUUGCCAUAAAGGCGACAGCUUGAAUAGUGGACAUUACAUCUGCUAUGCACUAAAUGACGCUGAAAAAAACUGGAUAGAAUAUGAUGACGAACGUGUGACAAAGGUCACAGAUGACAAGGUUGCUUCAUGUGAAGCAUACCUAUUGUUCUAUAGGAAACGUGACAGCCCAGCAACCCGAGAAAUGAGGGAGGGGGCCUUCAAAACUGCCGAUGAACAAGCUCCAACUAUGUAUGCGCUUUCCAAACUAUGGCUGAGCAAAUUUGAAAAUUUCGUCGAGCCCGGCGCAGUUGAGAACGGCGAUCUAUUUUGCUCGCAUGCCCCCUGCGUCUACAAGGACCAUGAAGAAAUGUCUGUACAAGUUACAGCAUCAUCAUGGCACACUAUUUUUCAAAAGUUUGGAGGUGGCCCCGUUUGCCCGCUGGAUUCUUUAGUGGAAUGCGAGAUGUGCGGAAAUAAAAUGAAAGACUAUCAGUCAGAGAGCAGCGAUUAUGAGUCUAGCUAUGAUAACUAUGAUUUCUAUGAUAGCACUGAAUUCACUGAUAGCACCAAAGGAGACUAGAACAAUAUUCUUAUUGAUCCUUGAAAAAGCUGAGUGACGCAAAUGCUUGCUGAAGAAGUCGCUGUCCGUGUGGUAAAUCUUGGCUUGUGAAAAAGGUGUUGAUUGAGAAGAAAUGAGCUGAAUUAUAAGAAACCCGACGAGUGACAUCUCUGCGCACCGAGAGCUUCUUCGUCUGGUGAAUUGGUAUUAAU